ACUGAGCUUGUAAUCGGCUUGCCCGUCAUUUAACUUCCUGUUUUCAGUUGUCAGGAGGCGGAAGAAACGGAGAAAGAAGAAAUACGAGUUGCGAGCGAAAAGUGCAUCAAAGAAAUACUGACAUUAUCAAGAGACAUGGAGAUCAAACUGGCCUAAGGAAGCUAGGCGGCGUGGGGGUUGCGUGUGCAGUUAUCGGGGUAAAAUAAUUCUGCAGCGGAGGGGAGCAGUGAAAUUAACCCGAGGCAGUAAGCACAGUCCGCUCAGCCAAACUUAAGUUUCAGGUCGACUCGAUUGAGGCGCCACUCGAGGAAGCCAGAGAGCCAUGGAGGCGGUGCAAAUGAGGAACAACCCGCGCAGGCAACUGAAGAAGCUGAGUGAGGACAGCUUAACUAAACAGCCAGAAGAAGUCUUCGAUGUUUUGGAAAAGCUGGGAGAAGGGUCCUAUGGCUGCGUGUUUAAAGCAAAUUAUAAAGAAACGGGUGAGAUUGUAGCAAUCAAGCAGGUUCCCGUGGAGUCAGACCUGCAGGAAAUCAUUAAGGAAAUCUCUAUAAUGCAGCAAUGUAACAGUCCUCAUGUGGUGCGGUACUAUGGAAGCUAUUUUAAGAACACAGAUUUGUGGAUUGUUAUGGAGUACUGUGGAGCAGGGUCUGUGUCGGACAUAAUCCGGCUAAGGAAUAAAACGUUGACCGAAGAGGAGAUCGCCACAAUAUUACAGUCGACUCUCAAAGGACUCGAAUAUCUGCACUUUAUGAGAAAAAUCCACAGAGAUAUCAAAGCUGGGAAUAUCCUGCUGAACACAGAGGGACAUGCUAAACUGGCAGAUUUCGGAGUGGCAGGUCAGCUAACGGAUACGAUGGCUAAACGCAACACUGUGAUUGGCACUCCGUUUUGGAUGGCCCCAGAAGUCAUUCAGGAGAUCGGAUAUAAUUGUGUCGCGGACAUCUGGUCUCUGGGAAUAACGACCAUAGAGAUGGCAGAAGGGAAACCUCCAUACGCAGAUAUUCAUCCGAUGAGAGCGAUUUUCAUGAUUCCUACAAACCCUCCUCCUACAUUUAGGAAUCCGGAAGCGUGGUCUGAUAGCAUGAAUGAUUUUGUGAAGCAGUGCCUUGUGAAGAAUCCUGAAAACAGAGCCACAGCCACACAGCUGCUGCAGCACCCCUUUAUAAAGAGUGCCAAACCCAUCACGAUUCUCCGAGAUCUGAUCAAUGAUUCCAUAGAGAUCAAAAUAAAACAGGAUGCUCAGCUCCGGGAGCAGGACCAAGACGAUGAAGAGAACUCUGAUGAAGAGGAGGUGGACUCAGGCACCAUGGUGAGAGCGAGCUCGGGGAGCUCGGGGAACUCGGACACGAUGCGAGCGGCCGGCACACCGAACGAGGGAUCCAACACCAUGAUCCAGCACGACGGCACCAUGGAGUCCCGCAUGGGCACCAUGGUGAUCAACGCUGAGGAGCAGGAGGGGGAGGAGGAGGGGGAGGCAGGCACCAUGAAGAGGAGAGACGAGACCAUGCAGCCUGCCAAGCCCUCCUUCCUGGAGUACUUUGAGCAGAAGGAGAAAGAGAUCCAAGCCAACAGCCACAGCAACAACAGCGAUCGCAGCAACAGCUCUUCAGGGGGCUGGAAAGUACCCCCAGAGGGAGACUUUGAAAAUAUGAGAAGCUGGACGGUGGAGGAACUGGAGACCAGGCUGACCUCCCUCGACCCGAUGAUGGAGCAGGAAAUCGAGGAGAUCCGGCAGAAGUACCAGGCGAAGAGGCAGCCCAUCCUCGACGCCAUCGACGCCAAGAAACGCAGGCAGAAGAACUUCUGAGCACUCGCUCAGGAGGACAGCCUUCAUACAUACACACACACACACACACACACACACACACACACACACACAUAUAUAAUAUAAAA